AUGGGGGCCCAGCUCGCAUGCCAGCUGGAACUACCGCGACCGGAGCUUGAAGUCGACUGCUUGUCCCUGAUUGAGGAGUUCCAGACAGCGGACAGAAUUCAUACUGAAGUGGGACUGAUAAGUCGUCGAACUGUGAGUUUCCUUCGGGAUAACGGGUUGGACGUGAUGCAUAUACGUCAUGUUAGAAGGCAAGCGAAUAAUGCAGCACAUAUUAUGGCUCAUAGCGAGACUCGUUGGGAUUGUCGUGAGGUUUGGUUGGACAGACCGCCUGUGUUCCUUGUUGGCCAACUACGGUUGGAUGAUGUAAACACUCCAGUUUGA